AACAAUGACCUUAGCCUAGACCAUUGAGUUCAAGCCACCCAGGCUGUUCAUUAUUACCUUUGGUCGAGAAUCGAGGUGUCCAUGAACUCAUUCCCACCCGGCUGUCGAAAAGCCAGGCCAUAUGUCCCACCCGAACUCGGGUGGGACAUCUUUGACACACACCUAACCAACCCUAUCUAACUUUCUUAUGCGAACGUACGCCAUUCACCAUUUUUAAUCGUGAUUAAACAAAUCGAGUCAUUAUUUCCAAGUCGAGGCAUGAAAAUGGGUUGAAAAGCCUUCGUGGUUAUCCAUAGCCCUGGACUUUAUAUCGAGGUCAAUUAGGGACAAUUUCGCUUUCCAACAAUCUGCAAAAUGACAUCCAAGACAACACCACACUCACCGCAGUACAUACCUGAGGAUAUAACAUACAACCCGACUAAAAAUAAACAGACUGACCAGUAUCUCAAGGUAAUCAUUGUUGGCGCUGGUAUCGCUGGGAUUGCGACUUCGAUCCUCCUAAACAAAGUCCCGAAUCUGACAUAUAUAAUUCUGGAGAUGAAUCCGGUGUUCCUCUCGUUUGAGAACACCGCGGAGCUACUAGACAUCGCUGGUCUAGAGAAUUUUCAAGGUCCAGUAGUGCACACCAAGUGGAUUCUUCCCUGGAUUACAAAGGGAAAAGAGUUGCUGUUAUUGGCAACGAUGCAAGCGGCAUGCAAUAAUUGUCAAUAUCUUACCAGAUGCGCGCUUCCGACGGCUCCCGCAAAUAACCAAGGCGGAUACCAGUACACCCCACAAGACCUAACAAAUUUCGAAUCAGAUACCAAUGUGUAUUUAGAGUACAGAAAAGAUCUCGAUCAUAAGUUUCAUGGCGGCUUUGCGGCCUCCAAGAAGGGUAGCGUGGAAAAUGCGGCGUUGAGAAGGCAGCUAACUGAACUAAUGUCAGAGCGCGUCGAGCAUGAUCAAGAGCUCCUAAGUAAAUUAGUGUCGGAAUAUGCACCAGGCUAUAAGCUACUCACUCCGGCACCUGGAUAUUUCGAGUCUCUAACCAACCCUAAGGUCACGUAUGUGACAGACGGCAUCGUGCGAGCGACGGAAUCAGGCCUUGUCACUAUGGACGAACAAGAACAUGAAUUGGACGUCAGUAUCGCAGCCACAGGCUUCCCUGAAUUCACAGUUCCUCGAUUUCCCAUUUCCGUCCUACUUCGGAGUGAUGGUACCGAAAUUUCCGAAAUUUUUUCAUGGUGCUUCAAGUCCAAGGCACCGCGCUCGGCGGAACGGUGCCCAUGCAAUUGCAUUUGCAAAAUUCAAUCUCAGUCCUAUUUCGUACUCGAGUCGAGCCAAGAUGCCACAGAUGACUUCGACGCAGUCGUACGAGGUUUCUUCUCCGCCAUGGUCUCAACAGAUUUUGGUAGCAGCUGGUGGAAACUUGGGAAGGGGAGCACACCCCUCACAGUGGCAUGGCCAGGCUCGGGGCUUCACAAGUGGGAUAUUUCGCGGGACCCUCGUUGGGAAGACUUUGUAUUCCACCAGCGGCCAGGCUCGUUGAGAAACUACUUUGAGUAUUUUUGCAACGGACACACCCAAAAGGAGGUUGAUGGUAAUCGCGAUUCUCUUACAGAAUAUUUGAAAGCAGUAGGAUGGGUGGAUCUACGUACCAUACACGAGGACUGGACUGAGCAGGAGUAA